UCUCCGUCUUCUCAGCCGCCUCUACACGCCGAGAUGGAUUCCGACGCUCGACCCAGGCCUCCCAUCUCCGCUGGGAAGAGGCCCGACCGUCCCUUGGAGUCACCAGCCAAGGGCACCUCGAUGGCCGACCAGAUCUGGACUCCGGAGAAGCCGGCGCGGCUCCCGCGGCGGUCCGGGAACCGGAGUAUCGCGUUCUCAGUGAAGGAGGUGCGGAAGGUCGCGCUGGGGCUUCAGACGGCUGCAGAUCGGCCCGAUCACUCUCGAUCCGGCAAUGACGACGAUCUCCAGUCGGUCGAGCAGCAGCUCGGAGCCAGCUCGGUGCCCGGUUCCAGUCCUAAGUCGUCCAAGGCUAGAGGUGUCAUCAAGCUUCCUGAAAAAUAUGAGAUACUGUGUGAAUUCUUCAACUGCAUGGAGAGUUCAAUUCGCUUGCUUCGGCUGAAAGGAUCUAUGUGCACCUUCGCGAAUAUCCUCUCCAGCAUUCAGCAUUUGACAGAAAGGAGGUUCACUUAUGCGCAUCUAGCGCAGUUGAAGUACAUAAUGCCUGAAGCUAUAAUCAUUAAGAAGGUGAUUUUGCAUGAUGAGGCCACUUGUUGUAUGAAGCCAGAGCUUCAGGUCACUCUUCAAGUUGAUGCAGUAGCCAAGAACAUCAAUGGAAAAACUGAGAGUGGGUAUUCGAUCUUGAGGAAAGUCUUCAGGGAAAGGAUUGUUGGCUUCAAUAAAGAACAUCCAGAGGGAGAUGAUGUUCCUGAGGAGCAAUUGCCUCAUCCUUUCAAUCAAACGAAGCCAAGUGUUCUUCCAAUUGUCUCUAACGCCAAUGCUAAACUGACUUGCACCAAGCCUUCAUCAAGUACUACUAGCCAUCAACAAUUUUCGGUGCCAUCUCACUUGUCCCAAUCUUUCCAGAGGCGGUUUUCUCGGAAAUUCCCCACCCAUGGUUCAGAGCAAACCCCUCUUAUGACCUUUGGCAAAGCUUGUCCUAAAGAUGAUCUUUCUGUCCCUCUUGCUUCGUCUCCUAGCAAAUGCAAUUUGAAACCACCCAUAUUUAGGAAUUCGAUGCUUGGUUCUCCCAUUUCAUUGACCAUAUCAAGCAAAUGUGGCACUAGUGAAGAGGAGACCCAAAAGUUCAUAAGAACUGACAACUUUCCUCAUAAUGAACAAAAUGUCAAAGAGGGAACUCCUGCAAAACUAGUUUCCACUCCCUUAAGGUUAAUGUCUAAUACACCAGAUAUGGCAACACCAAAAAGAUGUAGGACAACCCCAAGCUGUGAUUCUCCACUAUCGAAUAAAUCUGUGAAGCGAUCAACGCGUACAAAAUUGUUUAUGACUCCAACAAAGAGUGCAAAAGCAGGGGAUGAAGAGUAUGAAGAUAGGAGUCUGUCUGCCGAUGAUGAUGUCCUCAAUAUUAUACCAGAAUCUCUCUUGCAGUCGAUUAAGGAGAAGGAGAGGAAAACAGCACAGGAGGAGGAGGCUGGUGUUUCCAAUGCAAUUAGAAGGCAAAAGUUGAUAGCCUCAUUGCCUUGUAUUUUUGACAUGAUUCUACUCAUAUUUCAGUCGUGGAAGAGGUCUGUCAUGACAAAGAAUGAGCUAAUUUACAAGCUACUAUCAAAUAAUUGUAAAAUAGUCGAUAGAGGUGAAGUGGAAGAACAGCUGAAACUCUUGUUAGAAUUGGUUCCAGAUUGGAUCUCUGAAAAGAUUGCCUACAGUGGUGACAUUCUCUGUUGUGUCACUGGGUCAUCAAAUCCAGAAGAGAUUCGACGAAGGUUAGCGGAAGCAGAGUAGGAGAAUGCAAGUAGGAAGUUUCAGGUGCAUAUAUAGAAGCUUAAACAACAUUAUCUAAAGAUCUCCCGGGAACGUUUACAAUGAAGAAAGAUGUCAGUACUACUUGGUGUUAAGUUGGUUCUUGUUAAGCACAGCCAAAAUGAAGUGUGUUUUUGAGAUAUAUAAAGAGAUCUUCUAGUGCUUUAAAGCACAUCAUUUGCUAAUAGAGAAGAUUGAUAUUGACUUCUCUUUUAGUUCUUGUAAUAUUGUGUUUUAUGCAAAUUCAUGAAGCAAUGA